CACUUAUCAGUUUAAAUUGUUAUCUGUGUGAUGAGUCAGGUGGUGUACGUACAUAAAGCAAACAAGGCCGAUUUUGAUAUCAGUCGUUGAGAAACACAGCACGAAAUGGCAGGACAUUAUCCCGGUUAUGGACAUCCCCCACCUCAUGGCUACCCCCCAGGUCCUCCUGGUCAUCCCAAUUACAUGUACCCAGCUCCUGGGGUGAUGUUCUACCCCGUUAAUCCCGCAUAUUUCUACCCCCCACCACCUCCUCAAAACCCAGACGAAGUUAAAGUUGAAGAGCCCUCAGAAGAUUCAGGUCCUACUAUGCCUGGAGAGACUGUAGAGCUACCUUACCGUUCAUACCGAUGGGUUCCAGCUUGUUUAAGUCAGCGCAGCAUCCCAAUGGGUGCCUUGAGAGUGGGCACAGAUGUGGACGGUGAACCUAUCUACGCUGGCAGAGCACACCACGAGAGCAAUCUGUUACCAGCUAAAGUUAUUCCAUCGAAGAACGCCUGCUAUGUAUCAUACUCUGGAGAAGAAAUCCUAACUGACCAAUUUGAGGUGUUGGUCCCUGCAACAUUCGCGUGGCAGUUCGCGUCAGGAGGCAAUGUACCUCCUGGAGCUGUUGAUGCUGGUGUGACCCCUGAUGGAGAGAAACUAUACUACGGAAGGGUUACACACGAUGGAUGCACCACACCUGGCAAGAUACAACCGAGUCAUGGUGUAUGCUACUACCCCUUCGACGGUGAAGAAAGGAACUCUGCAGAAUAUGAAGUCCUUGUACUUAUGUAAUAUUUAUUACACUUGAUACUACGAAACACCAUUUAAUUACAAGGUUUCACUUAAUAUGUAAUUAGUAUGUAAUGUAUUUAUUUAUGAGGCAGAUAAGGAAAGCAGUAUUUUUAAUAAAUUCAAAAGACUAAAGAAAAUUGUUAUAUUAAUAAAUAUUUGAUUGAAUAUAA